AUGGCGCGUCUUGGUGCCUGGGCACGGCGGCUGGGGGUGCUGUGCCUGUUGGUCGUGUGCGCAGUGCCCCUGGUCUAUGCAAGCUCGCGCGAGAUUGCACGAGCUGACGUGGAUACACGCUUUCCUUAUGCGGUCCUUCCAACGGAUCCCAUUGUGUUGCAUGAUUUGGAGUUGUCGAAUGUCCUGGUGCUGACGACCCUGGACGGCAGCUUGCAUGGCCUGGAUCGCACGUCAGGGCAUACAUUGUGGUCGCUGCGUAGUGAUGCACAGUCUGACGAAGGGUACCCCAUUGUCUCCUCGACGAUUGGUACACGUACGAUGGCGCAGCUAGCUCACGAUGCUAUGACUCAAGGCGACCCUACGUUGGUCCGCCUAUUGCAGGGCGAGGGUUUGUACAUCGUCGAGCCAUCGUCCGGCGGUGAUUUGUACCUGCUGCGUGUACCGAUCGGUGCCUCGAAACCCCACUUGGAGAAAUUGCCGUUCUCGCUACCGCAGCUCGUAUCUAUGAGCCCCUUUUCGCUGAGUACCGACGAUACGCGCAUCUUUGUGGCUGACAAGCAUACGUCGUUGGUCGAGCUCAACGUGUUUACCGGUAAAAUACGCGCGACAUAUCAUAGCCGCGAUCGCGAUGCGUACCCGCAAGCCAAUCCUGCUGCGCCCGAUACGUCGGCGAGUGCGUUUGUGUACACCGACCAUGGCGCGAGUGCCGAUAUGCCGCUGGACGACGAUGCGCUUGAGUCGCCAUGGGUCUAUAUGGGCCGAACGGACUAUACGCUGCGUGUGCAUACACGCGGCGCCCCAGACGCUGCACAGACGUUGCGGUACCGUGUCUUUGGUCCUAACAUGGCGGACCGCGAUAUCGUCCAGCUCUGGGAGCAGACGUCGCAGCCUGUAGAUGCACGGGCUGUGCUGGUAUCGCCUGAGAAUGCGACGGUGCUAUGCUACGACGUGCAUCAUCUCUCGUCUAGCCGCCGUGCGUCGGCGCAAGGCUUACCGCCCGUGGUAUGGACGCGCGACCUGUCGUCGCCCGCGUUGGAUGUGUUUGAUGUGGUGUUUGCACCGCCUACGACGACGUCUUUGCAUGCUCCGCUUCUUCGGCCUGUGCUGGUACCGCACCGUACCGGGGCGCUCCCUGCGCUACUGGAGCAGGCGCACCGCCGCCCCACGUCUGACAUGGCUACGUACGUGGGCUUAGCGCCUGAUGGCAGCUUGUACGCCUUGGGCCACGAGCAUGUCCCGCUGGUCGACAUGGCCUCCAUCGCAUCCGUUCUUCAGGAGGGCAACGAGCUCACGCAUUUACCUACCACUGGCUCGCCAACGAACCUCUUGCGUGCCUGGACGGGGAGCUACCAAGUGCCCGCCACGAUACCACCUUCUUCUUCGAUACCCCAACUUGGCGCGCCCAGGCCGAUUCCGCAACUGAGUGCCGCGCCUGCAUCGGACACAUGGCUUACGCGGCGCCUAACCGCGCAGCUUCUAGGGUUCGGAUGCCUUCUGGCCCUGAUUGUACGAGGUGCCUACCUGAUCUGGCGCGAUGCCAAGCCGCCUCGUAUUGCAUGGGACACGCUGUCGUUUGACUCCACGGAUGUGUGGCAGGACGAGAACGAGAUUGGGGCCGAGACGACGAGCCGAGCGUCGAUCGUGUCAGCGUCCCCAGCAGCGCCGGCUGCUGUGCCAGCGCCAGCCCUGGCCGACACCAGUGCUGAUGGCCUGGAUGACGAUGAGGGACGUACAGAGCCGUUGCCUGACGCCGACGGGACCAAACGCAAGCGGCGGCGGCGUGGGAAGCGCGCUGGCGCUGCGGUACAAGCGAGGCAGGCGCGUCGUGACGCGUCGUCCAGUGAGGCUACGCCGGAGGCCAGCAGUGUGCCGGCCGUGGAGACGGACGCGCUGCCUACGUCGCUGCAGAUCUCCGACGACGUGCUUGGCUACGGCUCGUCCGGCACGGUCGUGUUUCGUGGGACGUUCCAAGGGCGUGCCGUGGCCGUGAAGCGACUCCUGCGUGACUUUGUGCAGAUGGCCUCGAAGGAAGUGUCGCUUUUGCAGAGUGCCGACAACCACCCCAACGUGAUUCGGUACUACUGCCAGGAACUUACGCCGCAUUUCCUCUUUAUCGCACUGGAAGAGUGUCCGGCCAGCCUAGCCGACUUGAUUGAGCGGCCCAUGGAUCACCCUACGUUGGCGCCGCUGUUCGAGCCACGCCAGGCGUUCCGGCAAGUGACGGCGGGGCUGCAGCAUCUUCACUCUCUCUCGAUUGUGCAUCGCGAUAUCAAGCCAGGCAACAUUCUGGUGACGCUUACGUCGCAGCAGAAACUGCGUUUCCUGCUCUCCGACUUUGGCAUUUCCAAGCGUAUCGACGGCAUGGCGCCCAGCACACUGACGCAGUCGACGCAUGCCGCAGGCACUGUCGGCUGGCGUGCGCCUGAGCUGUUGCGGCCAUGGAAGGAUGCAUCGCGUGUGUCGCGUGCCGUUGAUAUUUUCUCCCUUGGCUGCGUCGCGUUCUAUAUGCUGACGCAUGGCGGUCAUCCGUUUGGCGCGCAGUACGAGCGCGAAAUGCACAUUGUGCAGCAGGAUGCCGACCUCUCCGCCUUGGCGUCGCUGGGCGAAGAUACCGUGGAAGCUACUGCGUUGCUGCAGCGCAUGAUCGCGCCUACGCCGUCCGCACGGCCGACCGCCGACGAAGUAGCGCGGCAUCCGUUUUUCUGGGCCGCGCAGAAACGCCUGGCGUUCUUGCAGGAUGUGAGUGAUCGAUUCGAGUCGUUGGAACGCGAUCCGCCUGCGCCGGCCUUGGAACUGCUGGAGCGUCAGGCCGUGGAGAUUGUCGGGACCGAUUGGCGGACGCGCUUUGACAAGGCCUUCCUGGACGAUCUCGGGAAGUUUAGGACCUACAAUGCAUCCAGUGUGCAGGAUUUGCUGCGUGUGAUCCGCAACAAGAAACACCAUGCGCAAGACCUGCCGCUCGCGCUUCGCAAGCAGCUCAGCCUUAUGCCCGAAGGGUUCCUACACUAUUUCACGCACCGAUUUCCCGCGCUGUUUAUGCAUGUAUACCAAGUCAUGGAGCAAUUGCCGGUCCUGCGUCAGGAGCCCACGUUCCGUGCGUACUACCAGGACGACACGUAG